UUCUACACGGAUUCAAAUUAGCGCAACACGCCCCGUUUCCUAGCAACAGACGCAAUGGCAAAAAUUGUGCUUGCUGGGAGAGCAGACUGCGCACAUUAUGCGAAAGCGGAGCUGUUGGCAGACACUUUGCAUCGAUCUCUGCCAAACUUCAGGGUCCACAAGAUCUCCAUCCUCCCAGAUGAAUGGAAGGAAUGGCUGGAGGCCACGUGCAAAAGAAAUGGCUGGAAGCAUGAGGAGUCUCCUUUGAUUUGGAGGGAACUGGUGGCCCAAGGAGGGAAGGGGAUGCUCCUAGGGGGGUACAGUGACUUCCUAGAGCAUUGUCAGGACUACUACAGCAUCACGUCGGACAUGCCCACAGAUGUGAUGCUGAGUGUCGCGGCAGAGAAUCUUGAGACCAAGACGAACCUGAUCGUCGAGGAGCAGCAUCGUCUGAGUCUUAUCAAGCCCCUUCACAUAUGGAUCAGCAGUGCUCUCAACCCGGCCUGCCACUUCCUGAUCCCAAAUCUGAUCUCUGCUGAGCUGUUCCCCCACGUUUCUGCAAUCAGCCUCCACCUAUUGGACCUGGGCAGGAAUGAGGAGGAAUUGCAGCAACUGAGGAUGGAGACGGAGGACCUGGCACUACAUUUGCUCCAUCAGGUAACCGUUCACGCAGAUCUGGAACAGGCCUUCCGAGAAGCAGAUGUCAUUCUGCUGCUGGAUGAGUGUUGGUAUGAUGGAGCAAAGGAUGAGGAUGAGGAUGAAGAAGAAAAGAAGAAGAGGACUGUGAAGGCAAUCUCAGACAGGUAUGGGCAGUAUGGACAGCUGAUCGACGCAAGGGCCAACAGGGAGGUGAAGGUGAUUGUGUCUGGCGACUCAUUCGUCCACCUGAGAUGCUCGCUCCUUUUGGACAGUGCGCGCCGCAUCGACAGCCACCAGUUUGUCACCAUGGCGACACAGCUGGAGAAUGAAGCCAGAGCCGUCAUUGCAAAUAAGCUGAAAGUGAAGACUUCAGACGUUGCAAAUGUCCUUGUGUGGGGAAACAUCAACGGUAGUUUCUACGUUGACCUGCAGAGGGCAAAGGUUUUCAACUAUGACGGGGCAAUCAAAGGACCGGCUUUCUUCUCACAACCAAUCGAAAAGAUUCUUUUUGAAAGGAAAUGGUUGGAAACAGACUUUCAAGACUUGGUACGCUGUCGGCGUGCAGCUGUGGCUUCAAAGACCUGCCGUGCAGCUGCCAUGUCGCUCGCCAAUGGGAUUGUCACUGUUCUAAAAGCUUGGAAUGGCAUUUGCGGUCCAGAUGAGGUCUUCUCUAUGGCCGUACUCUGCACAGGGUACUAUGAUCUCCCAGAUGGCAUCGUCCUCUCGGUUCCAGUCACCUUCAAGGACGGUAAAUGGUCCGUGCUGUUUGAUGUGACUGUUGGAGAGAAGUUGAAGGAGAGACUUCAUCUUUCUGCAAGUGAACUCAUGCAGGAAAAAGAACUUGGAUCAUAAAAUUGCUGGAAUCUUAUGAAUAAAGACAGUUGAUAGGCAUUUAAAAAUAUGUUUUGUCGUAAUUUUUCUGUACACCUAAAUUAAAUCACUUAAAAUAUAAACAAAGGAUAGAAAUUGAUGCCACAUCUCAGGUUUGUUUCAGUUUGUUCUUUUAUUCUCUUGCUUUCAACAUGUGUUGAGGUGCAGUUUUAUUUGACCAGCUUCAUGACAAUAUAUCUUUCGCCCCCCCGCUCCGUGAAACUCAUCCAUAGCCGUUAUAUUUCUAGAUGUAAAAGAUCAAACUGAGUACUUUAUGGAAAAAGGAGAAAUUAGAAAAUAUAUUCCUUUUUUUAAAAUUGUACAGUUCAGUAAGUGCCUUUUUUUAUAGUUCAAGAAGCAAUAUUUUGAGCAUA